UGCAAAUAAUCGUCACACUCAUUCACAGACUUACUGUAAAAAGAGGCUUCUGUAGUUGUAUUGAUUCAGACGGCAUUUUAUAUUCAAUGAAGGGGUAGCAAAGUAUAGUUUAGGUCAUUGUUACUGUUAGUGCCCAAAAAAGGAAGCCUUUCUAACAAAAGGAUGUCGGUCAUAAUUGAAGAAGAAACCGGUUACCACUACGGUUAUUCUCGUCUAAUCUUCUACCCCUUGCUGUUACUUGCGACUGGGCUAUGGCUUUUUCAUAGAUGGCAACAACAGUCCAAAAUUUUCAUUCUGGGAAAUAAAAUACAAGGCCCUUCUACGAUACCUUUUCUUGGGAACACUCUUCUGGCACUAGGGAAAACGCCUUCAGAUAUUUUGGAACUAUCAGUGAAAUUAUCAAAAAAAUACACGAAAAUCGCUCGCAUUUGGUUUGGAAAUAAACUGGUCGUGUUUCUUACGGAACCUGACGAUGUCGAGGUAAUUCUUAACAGUCAAGUUCAUAUCGAUAAAUCAGCAGAAUAUGCAUUCUUCAAGCCUUGGCUAGGUGAAGGAUUACUGAUUAGUUCUGGUCACAAAUGGCGAUCACAUCGUAAAAUGAUUGCUCCGACGUUUCACAUCAAUAUUCUGAAGUCAUUUGUUGGUGUUUUCAAUCAAAAUAGUUUAAAUGUUGUGGAGAAACUCAAACCUGAAGUGGGCAAAGUGUUUGAUGUCCACGACUAUAUGAGUGGUGUAACUGUGGAUAUUUUACUUGAAACUGCUAUGGGAAUCAAUAGAAAAACACAGGACGAGUCUGGUUUCGAUUAUGCUAUGGCUGUUAUGAAAAUGUGCGAUAUUAUCCAUCAGAGACAUUACAAACUUUGGUUAAGAUUUGAUUUCAUAUUCAAACUUACUUCAAUAUUUAAACAGCAGAUCAAACUUCUGAAAAUCAUCCACGGCCUCACCAAUAAGGUGAUCAAGCAAAAAAAGCAAGUUUAUAUGGAAAACAAGGCCAAGGGAAUUAUACCAAAUACCAUUGAAGAGUUAAUCAGAUCAAAUAAUGAAAACGAUUUAGUGGAUGACACUAAAACUUUAGCUGAUAUGGUUUUUAAAGGUUACCGAGAUGAUCUUGAUUUUAAUGACGAGAAUGACGUUGGUGCGAAAAAACGUCUUGCUUUCUUAGAUCUCAUGAUUGAAUCGGCGCAAAAUGGUACUAAUAAUAUUACAGACCAUGAAAUUAAGGAAGAAGUAGAUACAAUAAUGUUUGAGGGUCACGACACUACAGCCGCUGGUUCUAGUUUUGUCUUGUGUCUUCUUGGAAUACAUCAAGAUAUACAAACGAAAGUGUACGAUGAAUUAUACGAGAUAUUUGGUGAUUCUGAUCGUCUAGCAACUUUCAACGAUACUCUGAAAAUGAAAUAUCUCGAACGAGUAAUACUUGAGUCGCUCAGAUUGUACCCACCUGUGCCCAUCAUUGCUAGGAAACUGAAUCAAGAUGUCAAAAUUGUUACAAAUGGGCACAUCCUCCCAGUCGGUUCGACCGUGGUCAUAGGCACAUACAAGAUCCACCGCAGCGAGAAAUACUACAAGGAUCCGGAAAAAUUCAAUCCAGACAACUUCCUCCCUGAAAAUACUGCGAAUAGGCACUACUACAGCUAUAUACCUUUCAGCGCGGGACCUAGGAGCUGUGUUGGUCGGAAGUAUGCAAUGUUGAAGUUAAAAGUGUUGCUAUCAACAAUUCUUCGCAACUUCAAGACCACUUCUGCGGUGAACGAGCAGGGCUUUAAACUGCAAGCCGAUAUAAUUCUGAAGAGAGAAGAUGGUUUCCGGCUGAUGAUUGAACCAAGGAAACGAGUUCCUUCUAAAACAAUCAACUAGACAUUAUAUUCAAACUAAGAUUAGAUUUAUUUGAUCCGUGAUACAAAUUUGAGUGAAUUAGAUAAAGUUCACAACAUGAAGUUUUGUAAAAUAUCUAGCUAUUUCUUCGAACCUAAAUAUUAUUAUGGUUUAAUCUUGGUUGUUUAAUAACAUAUCUAAAUAGUUGGAAAUCAGAAGGCUAUGAGAAGAAUAUUAACGUGUUGUACUGACCCCACUUAAAAUAGAAUAAUGUAGUAGUAAUUUACAUAGAAAUAACAAUAAUAAUCAAUUAACUAAAGCAAUAUUUUGAAAACUGAUUAUAAUGGAAUUUUAAUAUUUUCGUUCUUUUUUAAAGUUUUGUAUUAGAUUAAUAAAGUAAAAUAAAAAUGCAUUUUCAUGUUGUGUUAUUUGUAGAAAAAUUGCGGGUAAGGAUUACGGGUUAAAACUUUUUAUUUCGGUUAAGCUAGGUUAUCUUCGCUAAAUAGAAUUAACAUGA